AUGUCCUCGGGCACUUCGGUUGACUUGCUAGGGCACUACCGUUGGACCAGUGAUGCUGUGCUUGGGGAAGGUGGCUGGUGCAUCGUGUACAAGGCAAGAGCAAGCGAUGGUUCCUGGGUCGCUGUGAAGACUUUUCGAAAGACGGCGUCACCAGAUGGCCAGGCAUGCGAGGGCCUGCAUCGACGCUUUCACAAGGAAGUCAUGAUGUUCAAGCAAUUGAGUUUGGAGCCUGGCACGGUACAUGUGACAGCCAAUGAGCGGAAUCCGAAGCAUUUCUUCGUUAAUUUGUUCGACUUCUCCAAAGAUGGCGAUGGAAUGCCAGGUCCAGCAGAUGACAAGAAGUUCUACACAAUAUUGGAGCUGGGCGACGAAAACUUGGACAUUUGGUUGAGAACAACUAAACUCCUUCGCAUGCCCGACUUCUGCAAGAUUGCCAGAUCCCUCCUGACGGGAUUGGAAUUCCUACACGGCCUGGGCUUCGUGCACUUGGAUGUCAAGCCUGAAAACCUCAUGCGCUUUGGAUCCAGAUGGAAGCUCAUCGACCUUGCGGGCUGUCUCUCAGUAGAUGACGUCGUCCCGUCUGACAGCUGCACACCACUCUACACCAGUCCAGAGUUCGCGAAGGUUAUCCUUUCGGAGAUUCAGCCGGGCCAUAAGCACAAUAUCCGUGCAUGCCCCUCUAUGGACCUUUGGGCGGCUGGGGUUGUCAUGCUGGACAUUCUGGUGCAGGGCUGCUGCUUUGCGGAGACAAAGGCCUCUUUGGAUCUGGCCGCUUUGUUCAGCGAGGAGGCCAUUCCCUUCGAGGGCUGGUAUCGAUGGCUGGCAGCUGCAGAGCCAGUUGACUUGUCAAGCUUGGUGGCUGGGACACAGGGUGCUGCGCUGCUGGAUGAAUCACUUGUCAAUCUUUUGGGGGAGCUCCUCCAAAAGGAGCCAGAAAAACGAGCUUCAGCGGCAAGCUUUAAGAAUCAUCCGCUCCUGAAAGUGCAGACAGCAGGGCGUCAGAAAGUGGAGUUGGCAUUCUGCAAGGCCAGCUCCACACAGUCCUUUUCAGCAGAUCAGCUGCUGAAAGUCAUGCAGUGCAUUGGAGUGUCAUCCGCGGCUGCUUGGCUUUUUGUUGAUGGUGCAGACCAACCUGUGCAAGCCAACGGGUUUCUGAUUGCGGGCAGCGAAGGCCGACAACCGUGGCCGCGCAGUGUGCAAGCUCAGGCUGGUGUGAAGCUUUUCGGCUUGUGGGGUCCCUCCUUUGAACUCAGCCGAUGCCAGGGCCAUGGCAGGGUGAAAGAAGUUGAAAUGCUGGCAACUUGGCGCAACCACGUUGCGGAAGCCGCUGAUGUGUCUUGGGCUUACAGGGGUGGUCGCAUCACAGCCCAGAUGCAAGUGGAGUGGCUGGAUGCUGGUUUGCUGGCUCCGCUAGAAAUCCGAAAGGAGCAUUUUCCGCGCUUCUCGAGUCUGGAGCAGGGCAUGUGCUUCCGACCGGAUAUGCUGACAGACUGCGUAGACGCUUGUAUCGAGGGCAUUGCGGAAAACAAGCGAUUGGACAAGGAGGUGCAAACACUUAGCAACAAUCUGUCAGCAACGCUGGGGAGUCGGUCGCAUUUUGUUGCUUCAGAUUCAGAAAUUGAUCUUGAGCACUGCAUCGUCCCUGCAGAGCGCCUGGACUCUGGUCCAGAUGACGGACCACCAGAGGUGGAGACAUUGUCGGGGCUCAGGAUUGGCAUGUUGAAAAGCCCCACCGUCUUCCCUGGGGAGAACACGCGCUGGAGCAUGCCAGAAGUACUGCAGAUGAUCCGCGGCGAGUGCUGUGCGGUGCCAGGCCGUGGGAACAUCAUACAGCGGUUUGCAGACGGCUUGCUUUUCAAGACCAUCAGCGUGCUGGCCAUUGGUGCCAACACAGUUUAUAUCGGAGCCGUGGCGGACUCCCACUUGAAGAACAGCUACAACCGCAUGAUUGGACUGGCACAUUACCAAGCUCCAAUUUAUCCAGACAUUCUGUUUGCGGUGUGGUUCAGCCUGGAGCUCGUAAUUCGGAUUCUCGCUGAGCGGUCCUGGUUCUUUACAGGUGAAGAUAAACUGUGGAACAUUUUCGAUGUGUUUUUGGUGUUGAAUGCAAUCGUUGAGCUGUCGGUUCCCAACUUCGCAAACUUGUCACUGUUGCGGGUUUUUCGGGUCUUCCGGUUGGUCCGCGUCGUACGAGUUGUGCGGACAGUGAAGGCUUUGAGAAGCCUGCGCACCAUGCUUUUCGCGAUGCUGAACUCCCUGACUGCCCUGCUCUGGGCAUUUGUUUUGAUCGGCAUCGUCAUGUUCGUGUUCAGUGUGAUAUUCGACAUGGCCAUCGCCAGCUCAUACGACCUGCUGGAUCCCAGCAACCUUGAUCACAGAGACAAGGUGGACAGGAUAAACACUCAUUUUUCGAACCUUUUCAACACGAUGGUCGCCCUUUUCUGUUCAAUAACUGGAGGAAAUGAUUGGAUGCUUUAUGCGGAGCUUCUCCGAAGCAUCGACCUUGGAGAAGUGUAUUUCGUACUUUUUGCCUUCUAUGUUGGCUUGAGUUUGGUGGGUGUGCUGAACGUUGUGACUGGCAUUUUCGUUGAUAGUGCGGUGUGCACCCGCACGGAGGAUGAGGUGGUGGAGUCCUGGACAGAAGAUCAAAAGAGAACGGCAGAUGAAGUCCGGAGAAUCUUCAAGGAGGCCGAUCGAGAUAUGAGUGGCUCCAUGACUUACAGGGAGUUGGAGAAGCAUUUGCAAAAUCCCUGGGUCAAGGCGUACUUCUCAGGCAUGGAUAUUGAUGCGAGCGAAGCAGCAAUUAUCUUCACAUUGAUGGAUUCAGAUCGAGACAAUGAAGUGACGAUCGAUGAGUUUGUUGAUGGCACAAUGAAGCUCAAAGGGCACGCAAAGAGCAUCGACAUACUGUCGGUGAUGUACGACAAUGCGAAAUUUCAGGCCAAAUUCAGCAUCUUCUGCUCUCAUGUUGAAGAUCAAUUGGUGGACAUGAAGAAUCUUAUUACGCCAGGAGCUGGCGACAAGAUGGAGAGGAUGUACCGACCUGCCAGCCAACAAGUUGAUUACGUGAAAUAUUUCAACAAGUUGCGCACUGUGGAGCUUGGCCAGACGGUUGAACCUGCUCCAAAUGAAGUGAGAUGCGAUCCCAUUUUGCCUACUCACCACGGCUAG